AUGAUCACCAAUUGCAACUGCCUGAAGGGUCCAUCUCGUUUCUCUGAAUUUCAAAUUCUUCUUGACUUUCACAAACCUAAUAUCAUCCUCGGCUGUGAAUCAAAGCUUGACUACGAAGUGCCAACCUAUUCAUUCUUCCCGCCCAUCUAUUCCGUGUUCAGAAAGGACCGAAAUCGUAAUGGGGGAGGUGUGUUCCAGGCGAUUAAGUCCGAAAUCGUUUGCGAGGAAAUGCCUAACUUUGGAAAAGAUUGCGAAAUCCUCUGGUCAUCAUUUAAGAUUUCGUUAACUGUGAAACUCUCUACCUAG